AUUUGAUUGGUGGGUGACAUGCCGUCUGUUUCAAAUCUGUUUUUCUUCCGGCACCCGUAGAGUCAGACAGGCUAAAGCUAAAGCUAGAAAUUAGUAUCGGUAGUUCAAGUGUUUGGCGGAAACAGAAGCAGCUCAGAAACAGCAGAAUAUCUGCGUUUAGUUCAAGAACUAUGAAAGGAAAAGCAAAACGCAAGGCGGUGACUUCAGGGAGGCUGACAGGAGCAUCCAGAGGGAGUCAAGAGACUCCAGCUUCCUGUCCUGAACCCGCCUUCUCUCUCUACUCCACCGACUCUGAGGACCAGGUCACCACCCUCCAUCAGGGUCUGGACCGCUGUGCUGCCUUGCUGGGCGACAUCCUUCAGGCUGAAAAAGCAGCCUCACCAAGUCUUCAGAGAACAGUGAAGGUCGGAGCAGCCAGAUCCAGACGGUCCACCUCAUUAGGAGGGAAGAGCAUCAAGAAACUCCCUACAAAGACAGUCCAGAAGAGUUCCCAGUCCGGCCAGCGUGGACCAGGAACCACUCCAAGAACCCACCGGUCCACUCCUCCAGCUGCACACUCAGGAGUGAAGCUGCAUCCACCCAAGAAACAACCUCACAGACUGCUGCAGUCCUUCACACCUCCAGGACACCUCCAGACCCUCCAGCACCGCUCCCACAGCAUCCCUCCACCCAGGACCUCCAGCCCUCCACCCAGGACCACCAGCCCUCCACCCAGGACCUCCAGCCCUCCACCCAGGACCUCCAGCCCUCCACCCAGGACCUCCAGCCCUCCACCCAGGACCUCCAGCCCUCCACCCAGGACCUCCAGCCCUCCACCCAGGACCUCCAGCCCUCCACCCAGGACCUCCAGCCCUCCACCCAGGACCUCCAUCCUUCUGGCUGUCCACCAGUCGUCCUCUCAUCCAGACCUGCUGCCUCUUCACCAGGCUGGAGCUCCACAGACCGAGGCUGGUGGAUCAGAGGAGUUUGUUCCUGUCAGGGAUGUAAACAUGAAGAAAACAUCUGUCAGACACUCAAACAUCUGCACCGUGGAGACGUCAGGUCAGCUUCAGCAGGAUGAAGAGAAGAAAGAGAAGAUGGUUCAGUAUCUGCUGGGAGAACUCAGAGCUCUGAUCUCUGGACGAGGCGGUGCAGCAGAGAUGCUGCUCAGUCAGCUGGACCACACGUUGUCCUCACCACAGGAUGGAGGUUCAGACAUCCAGCAGACCCACAGAGAUCCAGACCUGAAGUCUCUGCUGAUCCAGAACAGUCAGCUCCGCCGACGAGUUCAGAUCCUGAACCAGCAGCUGAAGGAAAGAGAGAAUCUGGAGAGGAACCAGAACCUGGAGAGAAACCAGAACCUGGAGAGAAACCAGAACCUGGAGGUCCUGUGUGACUCUCAAGUCCUCCGUCUGCAGGAGGAGCUCAUUACUGCUCAGUCCAGACUGCAGGAGGUCCAGAAAGACCUGACAGAACUACGGAGAGUCCUUCAGGAGACACAGAACCAGCUGAGAGACAGAGAGGCAGAGAACGUCCUCAUGAAGACAGACCUGGAGGCCACCAGAAGAAGGCUGCUGGACAGAGAACACGAGGAGGAGAAGUUGGCGUCCCUCACCCAGCAGAGAGUAGAGGAGAUGGGGAACCUGAACAGCUCAUCAGGUCGUCCUCCUGCUGACUCCUCACAAACUAGACCUUCUGUCCUCCACCAGGAUCCAUUCCUUCCCUCCAGGGAGCGUAUCAGCCGGUACCUCCUGUCUCUGGACCAGACUCACACUGAGGCUGCAGAGGGAGAAGAAAACCCUCCGUUCCAUCCUGAACAUAGAGACCAACCUCCACAGACUCCAGCUGUUGGACUGAACUCUCCUCUCCGUCCAUCACGUGGUUCAGAACAUCUGGAGUCAGGGCGAAGGCAGCUGUUUGCCUCCAUGAUGUCCCAGUCUGACGGAGAAUCUGUGUUCUCUGACUGCAGCAUGAAGUCUGGAUGGACGUUUGACACCAGAGACGAGGCGGCCUUCAGAGACGGGCUGGCAGCUCUGGACGCCAGCAUCUCCAGCCUGCAGAGGACCAUCCAGCUGGACAUGAGGAGAUGAUGGAGCUUCUGCUGGUUUUAUCUGUGUAUAUAUCAUCAAUCGUGCUGCGUUGUAUCCUUCUUCAGAAGCCAUUUAAAGGUUUAAAAUAAAGUUUGGUUUUAUAAUUCUUGUCGCUGAUGGAGGAGGACCACUAAAGUUCUAGCAGCAGAUGGUUUACUGCUGCUGCUCCUGGAUGGAUUUUUGAUCUUCUCUCUUCAGUUUCAUUCAGAAGCAGCGCUAUGUUCUCACUUACAUCUAGUGUUACGUUUAGGAGAACGUUCUGUGGUCAGAUGAGUGCAGCAUGUUUGGUGAGAACCUGGUCUGGACCACAGUGGAUGUUUGGUCCUGAUAGUGAAGCAUGGAGGUGGAGGUAUGAUGGUGUGGAGCGGGAAGAGGUCAGAAAGUGUUUAUGGAUCCACCAUGAAUACCUCUGCUGUGUUCUCACUGCUGCUGUAUCCUGUAUACGGUGUUAUACUGGUGUUAUACUAUACUGGUGUUAUACUGAUACUAUACUGGUGUGAUACUAUACUGGUUAUACUAUACUGGUGUUAUACUGGUGUUAUACUGAUACUAUACUGGUGUUAUACUGGUGUUAUACUGGUGUUAUACUGGUGUUAUACUGGUGUUAUACUGAUACUAUACUGGUGUUAUAAAGUUCUUGUGGGAAAUUUUAAACUAAUUCAACAGUU